GUUCUCCUGGGGCCGUCCGCUCCUGGCCCUGGGGAACAAUCCCGCAUUGUCCCUUCGAGGGAGGUUGGGAUGCCAGAGCCAAAGGGCAGGUGGGCACAGAGCGUGGAGAGAGUGGGGACAGAUGUGUGGUGGGAGACCCCAAGCAUUCCCUUCCCACUCUGGGCAAGACCCACAACCUCUGCCUUCAGAACCCUCUUUUCCAGGGCCUCCCACCCUUGCCCAUUUUUGGGUUUUCUCACAGACCCUUUCACCGCCACCCCCUUCUCUUUUUCUCUCCCCCUCCCCAAAAAACUUUGGUUUCCUCUCCUCCGCCUUAUGCGUGGAAACCGGGCCGGGUGCCAGGUGGACGGGGAAGAACAGACACCCCCUUUCAUCUCCUCUUGGGCCUUUUUUUUCCUUUCCCGCUUCCUCCCACCCUCCGCUUCCACCAUCCAUCCUUCCCAACAGCAGCAGCAGCAGGAGCACAGAGGAGGCAGGAUGGGGGAGCACGAAGACCCGGCCGGGGGGCUGCAAGGCUUCGCCCUAGACAAGGAGUUCCUGACUUCCCCCAAGGGGAUCCUCAUGGAGGCAGAGCUGGGUCUCUGCUUUUUGGUGUUCUUACUCCUGACAGCGUCCAUCUCGGCCUACAUGGGGGCUGCUCUUCUGGAAGUGUUGGUGACAUUGGCAUUCCUGGCACUGCGAGCGACACACUACUACGAGAGGCUGACCAGAGUCAAUUGGCCUUGUUUGGACUUCCUUCGCUGCGUCAGUGCUGCCAUCGUCUUCACGGUCGUGGCCUUCGCUGUCAUUGCUGCCAGUCAUGAGGGAUCUGCAGUCUCAGCCUUUGUCUUCAGCCUCAUCCUCAUUGCUGUCUUCUGCUUCGAUGCCUACAAAACCUACAGGGCAGAAAUGGGAUCGGAACAAGACCCAGAUCUUGGCUGAGCGAACACGCACACAUGCCUUCUUGGUGAAUGCUACACAUACGGCGGUUGUUGCUUCUGCCCCGCACAAGUUUUCCUUAUUUCCGCAACCUCUGAUGACUUGAUCAAGAUCUGAUGAUGUUCCUAUAUCUUUGUUCCAAGUUCCACAAUAAUCCUUUCCUUCGCCUAGUGUUUUAGUUCCCGACCCAUUUGUCUGGGAGCAAAAGGCAACACCCAACUGGGAUUUCGCAGACACGCACACCAGAGAGGAAUAUUUGGAGGAAUCGGACCCUGGUUUCUGCUGCUGGAUGGCUUUUGUAUUUAACUGGACAGGUUAAAGCAUGAAUAAAGGUGAUUUUAAGAUU